CUCCCCCAUUUUUGAAGUUAUUCAUUUAUCUCUGUCGACAGAUCUACAUGGGAAAAUUUAAACUAGUCUGGCUGUGCGUUAAUGCUGCGCACGGCCGGCUUCAGGGGGAAAUGAUGAUCGGAUGAACUGAAUGUCACGUGUUCUCAUGUUGGCGUUGUCAACUAAUGUGACGAGCAAAGUGACAUACACUUCCAUGGUCAAAACCGCAGGAAGUCACAGAAAGGUUCAGAAUGGCCCGAUGCUGUUCGUGGAUAUCGAUAAUCGAUCAUCUCUAGACUACCCAUUCCAUGGCAGGGUUGUAAUCCGGCAUCAGACGGCUGGCCUCCUUAACUCUCUGCGCCCAUGCGUUUUCCUCACGCUUCAGCAUCUCCAAAAAAUAGGUGUACUGGCGAACUCGAUACCGCGACGCGAGGUAGCUUGAAAACACUGUGUCGAUGCUGUACUUGAUGAACAGCGUGUCCUCUAUCUUGUCCUCCAAGUCGACUCCGUCGAGCCCCAUCUUCAUAAUAUAAACUUAUUGCUCGCCACCAAAUAAAACAAGGAGAUCAUCGUACCACAUAUGUCUGCAUCUCUCGUUU